CUGGAUCAACCCGGGGACGAUUGGCGCGAUUGUCUGGACUGUUUAUGGAGCACUGUGAACGCGGAGGGGGGUGUCCUCAAAUCUGUGACAAUCAAGGGGGUCACUUCAGUAUUCCGGGCAAGGACCGAGGAGCUAGCGCUGAGAGAAAGAUGAGAGCCCACCAAGUGCUUGCCUUCCUCCUGCUCUUUGUGAUCACCUCUGGGGCCUCUGAAAACUCCAGCACAUCCCGGGGCUGCGGGCUGGACCUCCUACCUCAGUACGUGUCCCUGUGCGACCUGGACACCAUCUGGGGCAUCGUGGUAGAGGCAGUGGCGGGGGCAGGUGCCCUGAUCACGUUGCUCUUGAUGCUCAUCCUUCUGGUGCGGCUGCCAUUCAUCAAGGACAAGGAGAAGAAAGACCCUGUGGGCCUCCACUUCCUAUUCCUCCUGGGGACCCUGGGCCUCUUCGGGCUCACAUUUGCCUUCAUCAUCCGGGAGGAUGAGACUAUCUGUUCAGUCCGUCGUUUCCUCUGGGGAGUUCUCUUCGCACUCUGCUUCUCCUGCCUCCUGAGCCAGGCUUGGCGCGUGCGCAGCCUAGUGCGGCAGGGCAAGAGCCCAUCAGGCUGGCAACUUGUGGGCACGGCGCUGUGCCUGACGCUGGUGCAGGUCAUCAUUGCUGUAGAGUGGCUGGUGCUGACGGUCCUGCGUGACUCGAAGCCUGCCUGCGCCUACGAGCCAAUGGACUUCACUAUGGCCCUCAUUUAUGACAUGGUACUGCUUGUGGGCGCCCUGGCCCUGGCGCUUUUUACGCUGUGCGGGAAGUUCAAGAAGUGGAAGCAGAAUGGGGCCUGCAUCCUCCUCACAGUCUUCUUCUCUGUGCUCAUCUGGGUGGCCUGGAUGACCAUGUACCUCUUUGGCAACGCAGAGCUGCAGCACGCAGAUGCCUGGGGUGACCCCACCUUGGCCAUCACACUGGUGACCAGUGGCUGGGUCUUCGUCAUCUUCCACUCCAUCCCUGAGAUCCACUGCACCAUCCUGCCCUCCCCACAGGAAAACACGCCCAACUAUUUCGACACAUCCCAGCCAAGGAUGCGAGAGACAGCCUUUGAGGAGGACAUGCCAUUGCCGCGAACCUACAUGGAGAACAAAGCCUUCUCCAUGGAUGAACACAAUGCAGCUCUCCGGACAGCAGGAUUUCGCAAUGGCAGUUUAGGAAACAGACCCAGUGCUCCAUUUAGAAGCAAUGUGUAUCAGCCAACUGAGAUGGCCGUUGUGCUUAAUGGCGGGACAAUCCCAACUGCUCCACCAAGUUACACUGGAAGACACCUCUGGUGAAAGACUUAAAGUUACAGAGAACUCUUACAGAUUUUAUUCCCUGGCUGUGUCUUUCUUGAGGGAGAUAUCAGUAACAGUAGCUGAACAAGGCUGACUCACAGCCAGAUUUGGAAAUCCUAGACAAGGGGAUUUUGUGUAAAUGUGAACACUGCUGAACUUAAAAGCUAACACCAACUGCCCCCCCUACAUACACACACUACCAAACCAACCUCAGUCCUGCAAGCUAAAGCAAAGCUAAUUGCAAAUAAUAUUAGGCUCACUCAAAUACAUGGCCAAGAAGACUGUUUCAUCCUCAGAGGGUAGACUAGAACCAAGUUCACAGCCAGCAUGCCAGCAUCAGCCUUCCUCAACCCCUGGUGGCCUCUUGGAGGUUUCACUGAGGAGGACCAAGGGAGCUGUUCCGUCAGCCUGCACAUUUCAGGGGAGUCAGGAGCAGUUCAGGAGGUUGUGGGUAUGAUUCCAAGGAGAGGCCCAAUCAAAUCAUGUGGUGAGCCUUACAACCCAGAGUGGUGGAGGGAUGCUAUCAUGUGCCCAAGAGGAGAUACUGUCUGUGAGUUGAAGUGUUCAUCACAUCUAGAAACUGAUGACUCCUCUGAACUCAUGUCUAUGACAGGAAAACAAGCCACUUCCCUCCCUCAAGUUACUACAGCAACACUCUGGCCUGAGGCAGCAGUGUCCUCUUCACUUGAUCAUCUCUCCCUCUUCCAGCCUUUACCAGUGCUCGUCCAAGCCCUCUCCCAAUUUCAUCUCCAUUCAUUUCAAAGGCUUAGAUGGGGCCACGAGUGUAAAGCUUCUGGGUUGCCAGGCCAGAAGGCCGGCACCACAGCACAUUUUCCCUGAUAGUAUCACAUGGCAGGGUAUCCCACAGGUAGCCUCUAGGAUGAUGACUCUGCUGCUAAUGUACAGUGAGUUCUUGGAUUUUUACAUUGGUGUAGUAAAAGUUCCAGGGUUGGGUGGAGCAUUCAAGGCUUUCUUGCUGCUUUUAGAGGGAGUGGGGUACAUUUUAACUUGGUGUUCUGCAAGUUCCAUAAAAAUGGUUUGACUCUUCAAGCCCAUUGUUUCUGUCAUGGUUUCCAUUUGUUCUCAGCAAGUCAUUCCUUGGUUCUUUGGCAUUUCAAACAACUUGGCCAUUCAAAGCGCCAUGUUUUCUGCACUGUUUGGCCAGCAUAAUCACUAAUAAUUCAAAGCAAAGUCUUAACCUGACAACACAGAAUGUCUACAUGAGGUUGGAUCCUUUUGCAUAUACUCUAAGCACUAUAUUGCUUUUUUUUCUAUAGAACAAUCCAUAAGCCUUUCACCUUUUAAAGAAAAUGAAAAAGGUUAGUGUUUGGUAAGGGCAAGCUGACCUCUUCAUAAGCCAAUGUGUCUGAGCUGAGUAUGUUUAAAUAAACCUUCUAAUUCUUCUUGAGGACCUAGUCUCUGCUGUGUCCUGUCCUCACCCAUCUGCCUCCCACCCUUGCUGAGCACUGGGGUAAACAAGACCAAUCUGGCCAUUCCCUAUGAGUGGCAGAAGGGAGUAAUUCGCAUAGCUAUUUUCUAAGUUCUUGGUGGUUCAGGCAUGUAGGAUGAACUCAGCAUAAAUAGCUAUGAGUAGAAUGUAAUGUUUUACCACCAUAAAAAUCUAACUAGUUUUGAGCUAUGGGGAACCUCACUUAAUGACACCUUUUUUCUUUCUUUUUAAACUUCUGAUAUGUUAUUGUGCUCUGGGUUUUGUUUUAUUUUGGCUCUAAGAUUGAAAGUAGGCUGAAUCCCCUCUCAACAGGGGCAGAGAUGGGGAAUGAGGAGAAAGCGCAGAGAACUGUUAUUUUUCUAAUGAUUACAUCUGAAAGAUACAAAGAGACAUCUUGGCCAAGAGACUGUGGCAGCCAAUUGCCCCCAUGGAGCAAAGCAUAAGUGCAAAAUUAAAUGACAACUUUGUUUAAGAUCUGUUUAUGUCAAUGAUAUUUGUUGGUGAAAACGACCUGGAAGGGGAACAUCUGUAUUAAAAACACCUAAUUAAAAGCACAAAUCUUUCCAUAUCCAGUUAUUAAAGUUAGCUUGGGACUGUAACAGCCACUCUUGUCCCCCCUUUUAUUGGAAUGUGGUUAUUAUGGGCUGGAGUUCUCCACUAGAGAUGGAGGGGGUGAUGAGGGAAUUGGCUUGGAGAACUGACUGACAAACUGGGGACUUAUGUGUGUCUCCAGGGUUUUGGGUUCUAUGUUGAAGGCUGGGAUCCAGUGCUUGAAGCACAGAUUCUGUCAGGGCCCAAUGAACACACAUUGGGUGGUGGUCUAGGUUGGCCAAUGCUGAGUUGAACUCCAAACUGAAUGGGAGCAUUGUGGCUUUUGUAAUCCAAUCAUGCAAUGAUUAUACCAGCUUACAGGAGUUCUCAGCAGGUGCUUUUAUGAAAUGAUAAAGAGCUAUGGCUUCUUUUUGGUAGGUAAUAUGUAUUUAUUAAAUGUAUUAAUGUGUUUUAUAAUGUACAUUCACCCUCUUCUGGCUGACCAUCACAUACUUAUAAGAAAAGAUCAUUAAAGAAAUUUCAAGACAAUCAAUGUGUACUUUACAUGAUUGUAUAUAAAUAUUACAAAUUAAAAAUGUUUUAAAGCAUGGGCAGAUGGAUUUUAUUUUCAAAAUGCUGUUCUUAACCCCAAAAUAAAGGCUUUACUAUUUACUUAAGAUGUGUGGUAGCUUGUCAAAACAACCCAGUACAACCACUAGGCUUUCAGAUCUGCCUGGAAUCUAAGGCUGUGGCUCUUUGAAUGAGAGAAUCCUGGUUAACAGCAAAUCACAGAACAAAUGAGGGUAAUGGGUCAACUUGCUCAUAAAAUGAGGAACUUUCUAUAUUUUUGAGCUUUGACAACAAAAUCCUUUGAUAUUGUUGUUGGGUUUAAGUGUCACAUCUUGUUGGGUGAACUGUAAAAGCCAGUGUGCUUUUGAAAUGAUCACAGGCAAUAAUGUCUUUUUUAUGAAGAGUAUGCAACAGAUAAACACAAAAGCUACUGCAGAGGUUUGUGACUCAAAUUUAAAUAUGGCUCUUUGCAUAGGGGACCAAAAGUGGGAAACUGGUAACUAGGACAUUUUAUCACUGGAACUAGAGUUCAUUGUACUUUUUCAUGGAAGUUGGUGCAGAAGGAAACUCCUAAAGCACUGAAUAAAUAUAUG